AUGGGAAAUCUUAGGCCCCUUCCAAAAGCAACAUGGGGCGCUGAUCCGCUCGAGUUCUAUGGUGGCUUUCGCAAUCUAGAAUACGACCAGGAAGCAAAGUUCCCGAGCUCUCUUGCUCCAAAUGCAACUGUCUCCUGGUUUACCGUCGAAGCCCAACAGUCAUCUUGCGAUACUCUAUCCGCUCAGCUUGCUCUGUCUGUAGCGUUUCCCAACGUUGACCUGGAAUCCCUCCAGCGCAUAUAUGGUUGGGCCGCUCUUCAGUACCAGGGCUGGGCUCGAGGUCUCCUGCACGUAAAUGGGCCGCAGUCUCAAACCCUGACACUCGCAACAGAUAAUCUGCUCGAGUUCUAUCUCGACGGCGUUCAUCAUUUUGGUGGUGACUACUAUGCUUUUCGGAAAGCCCCGAUUGUGUUGCAUCUAGAGCCAGGUGAGCACAUCAUUGACUUACGGCUUGUCCGCGAUGUGCGAGCCAUGGGUGGCGUAGGUUCUCCAACGAUCGACUUUCAGCUCGAAGCAAGAGCUUCCACUAAGGAUCUUCACAUUGCUAACAACAAUAUUAUCAUGCCUGACAUGGUCGGUGGGCGAUUGGCAAGCAUGCUUGGAUCUAUUCAAGUCCGCAACGACCAUGUUCAUGACAUUGAAGUCCUCGGAGUCACAGCAAACGAUAGUUCAUACUUCGUUUGGCUCUUACAGCCUGAAAAUUUCCGGGUGGUUUCUGGACAAACAAGGCAUGUCUCGGUGGCUAUUUCGUGUGAGAGUAAUUGCAGUCCAUACCUUGGUAUCGACAUAGAGUAUAGAGUUGGUGGAAAACCCCGCUCUCCAGUUUCUGUGCUGCAUGUCGACUAUAAAUUUACCCAGCCAGAGCUCCACAAGCCCCUGAAGGUGACAUUGUAUCAUCCUGGAGGGAUGGUAUCUUAUGCAAUCCUGAGGCCCCCACCAAUGAACGUCACCUGUCCUCUAGACUCGGAGGGCUCACUACCAGUGCUUCUUCAACUACACGGUGCUGGUGUAGAGGCUGACAACGACAUUGUGAGGCAUGCUCUAGAUCCGCUGUCCGACCUCUGUGCAUGGGCACUCUUCCCUACUGGAUCUACACCUUGGAGUGGUGAUGACUGGCAUGUUUGGGGCUUUGCAGAUGUAGAGGCAGCAGUCAGGGCGAUACCUGGAUGGAUUGAAAGCAUUGGGUGGACAGGACCUGGGGUGAACACAAAGCGAUGGCUCGACAAGGAACUUGCCGCCCCUAUCUCUGGCUAUUCCUCGAUUCAAAACUACGUACCAUACGACCUGUGGCAACCGAUGUCUCCGUCCGUACGCGCGCUGCUCGAUGCGUCUUUGAGCAGUUACCGCCACGAAACGUUGCUAGAGAACGUGAAAGGCAUUCACAUCCAGCAGCAGCAUGGAAGCAUCGACGACAAUGUUCCAGUCUUUCAUUCGCGAUUGAUGAGUCAACUGAUCAAGCAAGCAGGUGCAAACUCGUCGUACACUGAGCUUCCAAAUAAGAAUCACUGGUUUGACGGCAUCAUGACAACGGAAACAUUAAGCCAAUUCUUCAAGCAGGAACUGAACGGCUUCGCACGACCCCUGCGUACUCCUGAAGCUUUUACACUUGCAGUUGCAAAUCCGGCAGACUCGGGCCCAAAGUUUGGAGUGGAGAUCCUUCAUUUGCGUCGUCCAGGCCAGCUUGGGAAGAUCCAUGUCUCUCUCUCCUCAUCGGUGUGUUUCAUCCAGAGCUCGAAUGUACUCAGCUUGCGUUUACCCAAGAUCUGUCCACGAACGCAUGAUGUCGUGGUUGACGGUCAGAAGAUAAGUCUGCCCGUUGACUCUGAGAAGAGCGAUCUGUGGCUCCUCCCUGACGGCACCUGGAAGGUCCUUUCAGAGCACCGGUCACCGGCAUUACGGCAUAGGAACCAGCUAGGCGGCAUGGAUGCUUUGUUCCGUACUCAGAACACUCUGCAGAUUGUCAGCCACUCUCAGCAGGCUCGACGUGUUGCACUACAGAUGUCUCGCAACCUUUGUCAAUAUCUCGGUGCCGAUACAGAAGUUCUGGAUUCUGGAAACGAACCAUCAAGGCAAUAUAGCAACAUCAUUCGAGUCCUCAUUUCUAGCGAUCCACCCGCCAGUCACCUUGGGCAAUUCGCCCUCCAAGUGGACGCUUCCAGUGGCAUAAGCAUACGGACGACAGAUGGCCAUAUGAGGUAUCCCAGCUCAGCAGGUCUUGGUGCAAUAUUCUUGAGGCCGUUGCCUGAAGGAGCGGUGGAGUUGGUGGUAUGGGGCCAUGAUGCAGUCGGCUUGGACGUUGCGUCGCGCCUUGUCCCCAUGCUCCCCGGAGUUGGGCAACCAGACUUUGUCGUAGCAGACAAGAAGAUGCUUCAGAUGGGUGCGGGUGGUGUCCUGGCAAUGGGGUCCUUUGACCAUCUAUGGAACGUGACGGGAAAUUCCUACUUUACUUGA